AUGGCAGGAGCUCUGGACGCAGUACUGGCUAGAGUCAAGGAUGUGUGCAAGAGGAACGGUCUGCUUAUUCUCUCGGUGCUUUCUGUUAUUGUGGGAUGUCUCUUGGGAUUCUUCCUCAGGACAAGACGUCUCAGCGUGCAGGAGAUUAAUUACUUUCAGUUUCCUGGAGAACUGCUUAUGCGGAUGCUGAAGAUGCUCAUCCUGCCCCUUGUGGUUUCCAGCUUGAUGUCUGGCUUGGCUGCUCUCGAUGCUAAGACGUCCAGUCGUUUGGGUAUUUUCACCAUUGCCUACUACUUAUGGACCACCUUUGUGGCGGUGAUUGUGGGAAUCAUCAUGGUAUCCAUCAUCCACCCUGGGGGUGCAGCCCAGAAGGAGAACACAGAACAUAGUGGGAAGCCGGUUAUGAGCUCAGCGGACGCUCUGCUGGACCUGAUCCGGAACAUGUUUCCUGCAAAUCUGGUGGAAGCAACUUUUAAGCAGUAUCGCACCAAGAAUAUACCAGUGGUGAAAGGUGGGAAGACGACUUCAUCAGAAAGUAUGACUCACAGAAUCCUCAUCUAUGGGAUCCAGGAUGAAAAUGGAUCACAUAUACAGAACUUUGCUCUUGAUAUCACCCCUUCCCCAGAUGUAGUCUACAAGUCAGAGCCCGGAACCAGCGAGGGGAUGAAUGUACUCGGAAUUGUCAUAUUUUCUGCCACCAUGGGUAUAAUGCUGGGUCGCAUGGGAACAAGCGGAGUACCUCUUGUUAGUUUCUGCCAGUGCCUGAAUGAGUGUGUCAUGAAAAUUGUAGCCAUUGCCGUGUGGUACUUUCCGUUUGGGAUUGUCUUCCUUAUUGCAGGCAAGAUCCUGGAGAUGGAUGACCCUACAGCAAUUGGGAAGAAGCUUGGAUAUUAUGCCAUCACUGUAGUUUGUGGACUGGUGGUGCACGGCCUUUUUAUUCUUCCCAUCAUGUAUCUGUGUAUCACAAAGAAGAACCCCAUUGUCUUCAUCCGAGGAAUACUACAGGCUCUGCUCAUAGCCCUGGCCACAUCCUCCAGUUCUGCCACGCUGCCUAUAACAUUCAAGUGUCUUCUGGAAAACAACCACAUAGACAGACGUAUCGCGAGGUUUGUGCUGCCGGUUGGAGCCACCAUCAAUAUGGAUGGGACCGCCUUGUACGAAGCAGUAGCUGCCAUCUUUAUUGCACAAGUGAACAAUUAUGAGCUUGAUUUUGGCCAGAUCAUUACCAUCAGCAUUACAGCAACAGCAGCCAGCAUUGGGGCAGCAGGGAUUCCCCAAGCAGGCCUGGUUACCAUGGUGAUCGUGCUGACCUCUGUCGGCUUGCCGACUGACGAUAUUACCCUGAUCAUAGCAGUAGACUGGGCACUAGACCGUUUCCGGACCAUGAUUAAUGUGCUGGGAGAUGCAUUGGCCGCCGGGAUCAUGGCUCAUAUCUGCAGGAAAGACUUUGCCAAGCAGACGGGGAGAAAGAGUUUAGUGCCUCUCAUAUGUGAGACCAAGCCUAUAAGUAUCCACCAGAUCAUGGCGUACCAACGGAAUGGAUGCGUGAAAAGCCGCAGCGCCCCUCACCUUUCUCACACGGAACAAGAGUUUCACCAAGUUCAAGUGGAUCCUGAGCCUGAAGCUCCUGAACCUUCCAAAAAAUGCACAGAAAAAGAUCACUGUACGAUAGAGAUCAGCGAACUUGAGACGAAUGUGUAACCACAGGUUAUGGACUCCUCUAGAGACAGAGCAGGUCCUACAUCAACUUACACCUGGAGGUGGGAUGCGAAUGAUGUUCAUCACAUCACCUACAAAAGGUGGCACAUCAGUCAA